CCCUCCACAGAAUCACAAUUAACUCGAUUACCCCAAGGCCCUGCUGCUCGUUCGCAACCCUGAUUGGUUACCCUUCCUCACUCAUCGCCACCGUCGUCCGCCUCUGCUUCCGCCGGGGCUUCAAAGUCCAUCGCAAAGGAAUAUUCUUCCUGUUUUAUCUAACAGAGACAUGAACAUUGGUAAUCUCGCAACAAGCAUAUGCAAGCGUGUGAAUGUGAGGGACCUGGUCACCAAUCUUCCCGUAUAUGGCAGCGUCACUGAUGGAUCUGCUGGCGGAUUGAGCUUGAUGUUCAGGCGUUGGGCUACCAAAAAGACAGCCGGAUCCACCAAGAACGGACGAGACUCAAAACCUAAAAAUUUGGGAGUGAAGAAGUUUGGUGGUGAGAGAGUGAUUCCUGGAAAUAUCAUAGUUAGGCAGCGGGGCACCCGGUUUCAUCCUGGAAACUAUGUUGGGAUGGGAAAGGAUCACACCCUUUAUGCGCUCAAGGAAGGAAAUGUCAAGUUUGAGAAGCACAAACUGAGUGGUCGCAAGUGGAUUCAUGUUGAACCAAAGGAAGGCCAUGAGCUUCACCCACUCUAUUUGGAAGCAGCUGCUGCGGCUUCAUCACAGUUGGAAACCGGAUCCUAAUGCCCUGUCUUAUUCAUAUUUUUGGCUCCCGUUUCCAGUUUGUUACAGUAUUUUUGAAACUAGGUUAUGAAAAGGCAUGAUUUCCUUUGUACCCAAAUGUCUUGAUAGAUGGUGAAUAAAAGUUUUGGACAUUUAUGAUCUUCUUGUCUCUGUUUGUUUUUAUGAAUAAAAGGAAUACUGGUUUAUCUGCUCA